UUUUCUAAGAAGUUCAAACAAAAACCCAAUGCUCAACCUUUUGCUUGUGUGGGCAAUGACAUUUGGCGUUUUCUCCCUUCGCUCCCAUCUUCUUUUCUUGUUCUUUUGCUCUUUACUCUAUAAUUUUCCCUAACCGUCACCGCUUCUUGAACAAAAAGCCCAACUCAGCAUUCUCUGACUUUUUUCUCUAGAUGUUUCUGCUCUCCUUCUCUAUAAAGAAAGAAACGUUUGCUAUUUUUGAGAUACCCCGAAGUGAAAGGAGAAGUGCAUUAACGACUGGUAAGCAGGUAGCAACGGCCAAGCUACCAAAUUACCCGAAGUUAAAAGUGAAGUUUUCGAGCAGUGGACAGGCUGGAAUUCAGCUUGUCGAGUCUCAACAUAAGCUGUCUUUUGAAGCUGGUGACAACAUAGAGGUUCUUUGUCAGGAUAGUGGCAUGAGAGGCUGCUGGUUCAGGUGUAAGAUCUUACGAGUAUCAGAAAAACGUUUGAAAGUUCAAUAUGAUGACAUCCUGGAUUGUGAUGGUCCUGAAAAGCUCAAGGAAUGGAUUCCUUCAUACAGAGUUGCAAAUCCUGAUAAAUUGGGCACGAGAUGCACAGGACGCCUCACAGUUCGGCCCAGGCCUCUAGAGGACACUACCACAUUGUAUUUUGACUCCUGAAAUAUUCUUUAACUCUUACCUUAGAGCUGUGCUAAGAAGUUUGAAAUAAAAACGAAAAGCUCAACCUUUUGCUUGUGUUGGCAAUGCCAUUCGUCUUGAUUUCCCCAACCAUCACUGCUUGCAGAACAACUCAGCAUUCUCUGGCUUUUUCCUCCAGCUGUAUCUGCUAUGUUUCUCCAUAAAGCAACAAGCAUUUGCUAUUU